AUGAAGAUAAACAUUCAGCAUCUAAAGAACAAGUUUGUUGUAGAAGUUGAGAAUUUGGAUAUCACAAUAGAAGAGUUGAAGAAGAAGCUUGAAGAGGCCAUGGGGGAGUCUGUUAGAAUUCCUGCAAGCGACCAGACUCUUAUUUUUGAGCGUGAAAAGCUUGAUGACGGGAAGAAACUUAGUGAUUAUGUAAAGGGAUCUACUGAGGAGAUAAAGCUGUUUGUUAUAAAGCAGAACAAGAAUCCAAAUCCUAUAUCAAAGCCAAGCAACAUUUAUCAAAAUGCUAAUACAUCUGAUGUUCAAUCACAGGCACAUAUUGGAGGAAAUCCUCACGCUGGGCAAUCAAUGCCAAACCCUUAUGCUGCUUUUGUACCGCCAUACGGUGGAUACGGAUCUCCUCAACAGAUGUACGGCCAAAUGCCAUAUGGAUAUGGAUCUCCUCAGCAAAUGUACGGCCAAAUGCCAUACGGAUAUGGGUUUCCGCAAGGAGGUGGAUCGCCUGGGCAAAGUGAUGGAUAUAACGAAGCAUUCUCAAACGCCAUGAUGCAGCAAAUGGAACAAAUGCUCAACAACCCGACUUUAUUAGACCAGGUACUUAAUAUACAGAAUCCAAACAUGACUUCUGAGCAGAAGGAGGAACAAAAGAAGAUGUUAAAAGAAGCUUUGAACAUGAUGAAAGCAAAUCCAUCCUUAUUUCAGCAAGCUCUUACCCCCGAGAGGCUGAGCUGGGCAUUGAAUACAAUGAAUGGAGGACACGGAGGAAUGUUCCCAUCAUAUCCUCCAAACAUGGGAGGUUUCAACCAGAGAGAUCCACGUGCCCCAUGGAUGCACGGAUAUCCUCCUCCGGGAUAUGGAAGCCCAAGGCCGAAUCAGCAGGUCGAUGAGCAAGUAUAUUUAGUUCAAUUAGAACAACUUAAGGCCAUGGGAUUCGAAGAUGAGGAUGCAACAAAGGCUUUAAAGGAGGCUAGGGGCGAUAUAAACAGGGCUUUAGACAUUCUCCAUGAAAACAAAAAAAGGAAGAAUCAAGAAACUAGUGGAUCUUCUCCAAAGAAUUAA